AUGACGACGAGCUUGGUUGAUGAUUUCGUUCAUUUCUUCAACCUUAGCCUUGGCUCUACCGAAAGUUCCCAAUCUCUUCUUUGCGACCUUUCUGGCUCUCUUUUCACCAGCGUUUCUGAUCAAUUCGAUCAAUCUUCUUUCGUAUGGAGCCAAAGAAGCGACUUCCUUAACGAUGCUUCUGACGAAAACGGUUCUUUGGGAAGCAGCACCCUUUCUGUAAGAGAUCUUUGGGGCUGGGGUCAAUUGGUUGACCUUCUUACCUUUGUUUAA